GCUCGAGAAUGUGGAUAAUCCAUUUAUGUGCAAAGCUAUUCCUAGGCGUUUCAGUUACAUACAUACACAUGUUUUCACUUUAUUGUCGUACUAGUAUACCCUCCAAGUCAAUAAAAUAUGCAAUAUUCUUACUUAACCAAAACAUUGCUCAGCUUUGCUAUGAUAUAACGGGACUGCGAUGUGAUAUGCGUUCAACACUGGAAAAUAUUAAUCAGAUAUUUAUCUUUUUAUCUGAGACUCAAAACUCAGAUCAAAGUGAACAGAAGAAAUCAGAUGUGUACAUUAACAAAUCUUUCACACCAAGUUUCAACAGUUAUAAAAAUGCCAGUAACGGCUGUGCAAAAGCAGCCACUAAUCAGCUUUCGAGGUCACAGUCUUCAGUUGAUAUAAAUAACAUGCCGUUUCCGUUGACGACAGCAGCGCCGCAUAAUUUCUUGUUGCAGCUGCCGAAUAGCAUACCUCUGUCAAUUGAAGGUGAUUCUAUUUUAAAACAACG